AUGUCCAAGAUCCGUGUCGCUAUCAUUGGCUCCGGCUGGGCCGGUUUCACACUUUCUCAGAAACUUUCACUUGCAAAAUACGACGUGACAGUCAUAUCGCCAGUCCGAACGAUUCAGUAUACUCCCUUGCUGGCCAGUGCGGCAUGUGGACUUUUCAACUUUCGCCUGGCGGAGGAGCCGGUUCGGCGUAGGCAUAGGACGGCUCUUAAGUACUACAAGGCCGUUGCUGAGGAUAUUGACUUCGAAAAGCGAAUCAUUCGAUGCAAGACCGCAGCAGUCAUCGGUGGUGAAGAGGCUGAGAUUUUCAACGUUGAGUACGACAAAAUCUGCAUUGCCCCAGGCUGCGACAUCCAAACAUUCGGUACCCCAGGAGCUGACAAACAUGCUCUAUUCCUGCGGACAACAAACGAUGCCCGACUGAUCCAACAACGCAUCCUGGAAAUGCUGGACAAGGCCUCACUACCAAACAUCAGCGAAGAAGAGCAGAACGAUAUCCUUAACAUUCGCAUUGUCGGUGGUGGUGCGAUCGGAAUCGAGGCAGCUGCUGAAAUCUUCGAUCUUUGGAAUGAGGACAUGCGCUUCCUAUACCCGCACCUUGAUGGAAAGAUGACCAUCACCAUUCAUGACGUUGCUCCUUCAAUCUUGUCUACAUUCGACUCGAAACUCAGCGAGUAUGCAACACAGUCGCUGAAAGGCAAGCACGUGGAAUUGAAGACGAGUUCGCAUAUUCAAAAUGUGAAGCCCGACGCCAUUUUCACCAAAGAGGACGGUCGGCUUCCGUUUGGACUUUUGAUAUGGGCUACUGGCAACAAGGCCAGUUCCUUAGUCGAGAGGCUGCCGGUGAAGAAGCCCGAAAAGGGCCUGCCAAGAAUGAUUACCGACAAAUACUUGCGAAUUCUGAGACCAGACGGCAGUCAUAUGGAAGGUGUUUACGGUUUGGGUGACGCGGCGGACAUUGAAGGGGAGUCCCUGCCAACACUCGCGGAAGUGGCACUGCAGAAAGGAGAGUACCUAUCCGAGGCUCUGAAUCAAGAAGAUGCGUCCACGAAGCCUUUUGAGUACAAACAACGCGCUCUGCUGGCUUAUCUGGGUCGGCACGACGGAAUAAUGGGCGGUAAAGAAGACUGGACAGGCUUGAGCGCUUGGCUUGCCUGGAGGUCUGGCAGUCUGGGCUGGACAAGAAGUUGGCGAAGAAAGAUCAUGAUCUCAAUCAGCUGGUUGUUUGUCUGGCUCGGAGGAAGAGACAUUGCAAGAUACUGA